AUGUCCACCACCACCACCGCCUUCCUCGCCGGAAGCACCGGCCUCGUCGGCUCCAACAUCCUCUCCACCCUAAUCGCGCGCCCCGAAAUCGCCCACACGCACGCCUUCACGCGGCGCCCCCUCCCACACAGCUCCCCUCGCCUGUCCACCCUCCCCGCAGACGCCGAGCACGAAUCCGCCGCGCCACCAACCUGGCCCACGCACAUCCCCAAUCCCGCACCGGCAUCCAGCAUCUUCGUCUCCGCGCUCGGCACCACACGGGCACAAGCCGGCUCGCUCGACGCCCAGCGCCAAAUCGACUACGAGCUGAACCUGGCGCUGGCGACCGCCGCCAAGGCCGCCGGCAUCACGACGUACGUGCUCGUCUCGACGGCGCAAGCGAGCGCCGCCUCGAUCUUCCCCUACACGCGCAUGAAAGGCGAGCUCGAGGACCGCGUCAAGGCGCUCGGCUUCGCGCACUGCGUCAUCCUGCGCCCCGGCCUCAUCGUCGGCGCGCGCGAGGACAGCCGGCCCGCCGAGUUUGUCGUGCGCAAGGUCGCGGGGCUGGCGGGCGCGUUUGCGAACGGCCUGAAGGACUUUUGGGCCCAGGACGCGCUGGUCAUUGCGCGCGCCGCCGUGCAUGCCGGCUUGUUGUGUGCGAGGGGCGAGCGGGAGGACGGCGUUUGGGAACUCGCUCAGGCCGAUAUCGUGCGCUUGGGGAGGACUGAGUGGAAGGAUGCUGCUCCUGCUGCUGCUGAGGAGGCGAAGUAA